UCUCCGAGACUCACUUUAAGGGCCUGCGAUCACUUCAUGGUGACUCACUUCCUUCUGAUUUGCGCUGGACAAACUUCUGAAGCCUGGUUUAGAAGUUUGUUCAAUUUAUUUUCCGUGGAAAAGUUUGUUUUGUAUUUGACGUUCAUUCACAACGCUAGGUUCACGCUCCUCAUUGCUGGGAUCGAGGGGAUGAGUCGUCAGGAGUGUGGAAAGUUCGAGAAGUUUUGCCGAAGUUUUUGCCCGGGAACCGGAGCGAUCGUGCUCGGCAUGAUGUCGUCCCGGCACGUCCUGGUCCUGUGUCUUUUAGUGUGGUUUGUGUCUGAGCAUUAUACUACACAUGGAUACUCUGUGAAGAGAGAAGUAAUGCAUAGAGGGCAUUGGCACCAUGACAACCGGACCGCCAGGGAACUUCUAUGUAUAACAGACGACUAUUACAUUGUGAGCAGUCACUUGUGCUGUAAAAAGUGCCCUGCAGGAAUGUAUGUGGUUGAGCACUGCCAGGAUCAUCUGGGGAUCGCAAAGUGCAAGUCUUGCAUGCAAGGCGAGGAGUUCACUGAAGGGGGAAAUGGACUGAAGGAGUGUCUGCCUUGCACAACUUGUCGGGAAGAUCAGCAGCAGGUGUCUCCUUGCACCCCGCAGAGGGACACGGUGUGCGAGUGUCGAGCAGGGGCCUUCUGUGCACCUGAACAGACCUGUGAGGUGUGUCGGAAAUGUAAAACACACUGUCCAGAUGGUCAGAUUGUGAAGAAUUGUACACCAACUUCGGACACUGUGUGUGGGAAGACUAAAACUGAAGCUGCUGCUACUCAGAUGGGUGAAGGUACUCUGGCAGCUGUGGUCUUGGGUUCCUUGUUCGUUGUCAGUCUUAUGCUCGGUCUUGUUAUGUAUUUCUUUAAGAAGCAACAAUUGAAUGGGAUCUUUUGGAAGAUUAACGGAUGCGUGCACAGAAAGGAUUCUACAGAUUCUGAAAAUGAAACCAUUCAAAAAGAGUCCUCAGAAGUGGUAAAUAUAAUUCCCUGUGCAGAAGGAACAACUUUGGACACUUCCAGUCACGCAACAGAUAGUGAUAAUGAGCAAGCUCAGACUGAGAGGGUGACUUUACUUCAGUAUCGCCCUGAAGCUUCAGCAGAACAAAGAGCUAGACACUUUGCCGAGCACCAUUGUCAUGGGAAGAAUUUAGCUAUUUUGCCAAUAGACCAAGGGGAUGACUCUCUGGGACAAAAUGGGUUAACUUGCCCCAGUGAUUCUGCUUCUACUUUUACCAUUGACCCACAUUGUAACUGUGGAACUGUGGGCAGUGAGACAAGAGGAGCUGACAGCACAGAGAAUUCAUCUCAGAAUACCCACAGAGCUUCAUCUUCAGUUCCUGACAAAGACUCGGUAACUGCUAGACAUCAUAGAGAUAAAGAAUCCAAAGAUAAAGAAGAUUUAAGGCAUCAUUUUAUGAUGUUUAUUGAAGAAGUACCUAUCAAAAGGUGGAAGCAGUUUAUGCGAAAGCUUUCUCUGACUGAAAACGAUAUUGAGGCAGCUUACAAGGAUAACAGCAAUGAUACUCAAGAAGCCCACUAUCAGAUGCUUAACAUAUGGCUACAAAAAACAGGGAAAGUUGCCUCUAUUGAAAUUCUGCUGAAUACUUUGAGGGAAAUGGACCUCAAUGAUACAGUGCACAAUAUAAUGGAAAAAACUAACAAUGAGAUGAAACAUGAAGCUUGAUGAGCAUUUUGGCUACGAAGACAAAUGCCUUGGAACCUCUGAGCAGCCAGUGAUUCAACUCUAAGCUGAGUAGCAGUUCUAAACUCAAAGAUUCCGAGACACAACAGCUAUUUCCUCAGGUUCUAUGCCGCCUUUGGUUGGCUUGUGAAAAUUGACAUCUGUAUUGCCAGGGGAUUAAGAUUGUUAAGGAUUCAGGAGUUAUGGAACUAUGUAAAUAUUGUGGGCAUUAAUUCAAACAAGAACCAGUUCUUAAUGUAACUUACAAGCUGUAAUCAGUUUGCAGUUAAAGGGACAACUUUGUAGACAGUCCGGUCUACAGAGAACUGUCUACUAGCCCACAACAGGGUCUGGCUGCUGUAUUUAUGAGUUUGAAAGACUCAAGGUUUCCAGGAUAUCCUACUUGUUUACUUUGUAUAGUUUAAUAAUGAAUAAACAAUAUUUAUACCAAGCUUCAGCAUCUCACCUGUGAAUCAGGUCACAGCAAAAAGUAAAUGUAACUUAAUUUUUUAAAAUAUAUUUUAGAUUGUUAAAUCAAGUUGUGGUAUUUCAUUUACCCAGAAUGAGUGCAUGAAUGAAUAUAGAAAAAAGCUGCCGAUCUUGGAAACCUGAAAGAAAAACAGAAAAUGCUAGAAAUACUGGUGAGGUCGGGCAGGCAGCAUCUGCGGGGAAAAUGGAUAAGGAGUUUGUACGUUCUCCCGUGUCUGCGUGGGUUUCCUCCCACAUUUCAAAGACGUACGCGUAGGUUAAUAUGGGGGUUCAAAAUGGGCGGCGUGGACUCGUUGGGCCGGAAGGGCCUGUUACCAUGCUGUAAAUAAAAUUUAAAAAAUUUAAAUAUAAUUGACCUUUCGGGUCGAGACCCUUCAUCAGGACGGGCCUCAGAUCAAAAAUGUUCUUAACUGGUUUGAGAAUACUGCUGUGAUGUAGGAAAUGGUGCUUUAUUGUGUAACAUGUAUCACUGUCCCUUCUUGUGUCUACCAUUUCUGUAUUGUUCCCGCUAUGUAUGUAACGUUUGUAAAUGCCCUCGGCAUCUUUCCAAUGGAAACACCAUAUUGA